AAAUGGCGCCAAUAUUAAAGUUCAGCGGGCCAUCGAAUCUGGCAUAAUGUUUCAUAAUAAACACUAAUUAUAUCCACACUCUCUAACGCGUCCAUAUGCAGAGUGGAGGCACAGUACUGGGGUCAAGCGAUACUAUACAUUUCGGCUAAAUUCGUUGAGUGGGAACUUUUAGCAUUAGCUAGGCUAGCUAACGUGCGAACGUUACGUGGCUUAAAGCAGAUAGCUACUAGAUAGCUUAGCUAGUUAACUAACUACAGUGUUUACUAGUUAGGGGGUGCUGCGGCGACAAGCAGCCUCUGCCAAUUUGGCACGUCAGGCAUGCUAUCUUUCAGUGACAAACAUGUUUUCUUAUUUACUUGUUCGUAUAGCUACUCAACUACCUGCGAAUGCUUGUUUGUUUGACACGUUGUCGCAGGUUGUGCUUGGUCAACAUGAGAUUACACCUUGACCUCGCCAAGACUGACCAUGAAGAGAAGUCGGCAUCCAAGCAGCAGUGAAGAGGACUCUGAUAAUGGAAGUAACUCCACUUCCUGGUCCCAACAUUCUCAACCCAGGAGAGCCAAUUGGAAGAAGCCCUCAGAAGUGUUCAGGACAGACUUCAUCACGGCCAUGAAGCUCCAUGACACGUACCAACUGAACCCUGAGGAUUACUACGUCCUGGCCGACCCCUGGAGACAGGAGUGGGAGAAGGGAGUCCAGGUCCCUGUCAGCCCUCACACUAUCCCCCAGCCUGUAGCCCGGGGAGUGGCUGAGCGGGGGAUGGAGGUGAUGUUCUCGACGCCUAAGAAGUGGAUCCGUUCGGGGUGUUCAGGGGCGCUGGGGUACGUGGAUAUCCAGACCCUGGCUGAGGGGACGUGUCGUUACGACCUCAACGACACUGACGUGGCCUGGCUGGAGCUCAUCAACCAGCAAUUCACUCUGAUGGGCAUGGUGCUGCUGGACGAGAUGACCAUGGAGAGAGUGAUGGAGGAGUUUGAGAGGCGUUGCUAUGACAGAAUGAGCCAUGCCAUGGCAACGGAGGAGGGGCUUGGCAUGGAGUACGACGAGGAUGUUGUGUGUGACAUCUGUCGGUCACCUGACAGCGAGGACAACAACGAGAUGGUUUUCUGUGACAAGUGCAACAUCUGUGUUCACCAGGCAUGUUAUGGGAUUCUGAAGGUGCCAAAGGGAAGCUGGCUGUGUCGGACCUGUGACCUCGGCAUCUCGCCAAAAUGCCAACUCUGCCCCAAGAAGGGCGGGGCCAUGAAACCCACUCGCAGCGGAACAAAGUGGGUUCACGUCAGCUGUGCCCUGUGGAUCCCAGAGGUGAGCAUUGGGAACCCAGAGAAGAUGGAGCCGAUCACCAACAUGUCCCACAUCCCUAGUAACAGAUGGGCUCUGACCUGCUGUCUCUGUAAAGACCAGACUGGAGCCUGUAUACAGUGUUCAGCAAAGAGCUGUCGGACAGCAUUCCAUGUGAGCUGUGCCUUACAGAGCAGCCUGGAGAUGAACACCAUCCUGACAGAGCAGGAUGAGGUCAAGUUCAAAUCCUUUUGCCCCAAACACUCUGGUCUGAAGGGAGGACCGGACGGAGAGGGGGAGGAGGGAAAGGAGGGGACCAGAGACAAGAAGUGGCGGAAGAGUGACAGAGUCAGACGUGAUGAAGUUCCACCCCCCGCCCCAGCCCCCCAGGAGGAGGGGGUGAACCAGCAGGCGGUGAACCUGCGUCAGAUCAAACUGCAGCAGCUGGAGGAGCAGUUCUACCAGUUUGUUGACGUUAAGGAGGUAGCCAAUCACCUGCAGUUGCCCCAGGAAACAGUAGACUUCUUGUAUCAGUACUGGAAGCUGAAGCGCCGAGCCAAUCACAGCCAGCCAUUGCUGACCCCCCAGAAGGAGGAGGAGGAGAGUCUGGCUAGGAGAGAGCAUGAUGUCCUCCUUCACCGCCUACAGCUGUUCACUCACCUCCGCCAGGAUCUGGAGAGGGCGCGUAACCUGACCUACAUGGUGACGCGGAGGGAGAAGAUAAAGAGGACUCUGUGGAGGAUCCAGGAACAGAUCUUCACUCAUCAGGCCGAGCUGCUGGACCAUGAGAUCAUGAACGGGUGUCUGAACGACAGCGUGCGUCUCAGUGUGGUUUCGGCCCCAGUGGCGGUGUUGGGGUACAGUGGCCUGAAGACCCAGAGGAGAGAUCGAGGGAGGGGAGGGCACCGGAGAGGAGGCCUACAUCUACUACACAGUCUGACUGAGGGGGGUAGACACGUCAGAGGACAGACAGACAACUCCAGCAAACUGAAGACAGAAAGUAGCAGACCCAGAAUAGAGGGUAGGAGGAGCCUGAGGAAGGAGGCCCCAGAACCUGAGCAGCAGCAGAAGAGCAGCAGCAGGAGGAGAGAGGAGGACCAGGGAAGGGUGGAGAGGAGGAGGAGGAGGAGGAGAGGAGAGAAAGAACAGGGAAUGGAGGAGAGGACAGGAGAGGAGGACCAUGGAACAGAGAGGAGAGGAGGAGAGGAAAGCUCUCCAAUCAAAGCCAAAACCAGACUGGGGUCAAAGGCCAGUGAGAAACCAGCCAGUAGGGUCAGUGAUAUGACUGAUGCUAAACCAGCCAAUAGAAUGAGUGAAGCUAGGGUUAGGUUAACUAGGAUCAAGGUUCAUCAUGUGACUGAGGCUAGGGUCAGGUUAACGAGGGUUAGGGUUACUGAUCAUGUGACUGAAGUGAAGGGGAGGAAGGUGAGGCUCAGCGGAACAGACAGCCAAUCUGAUCCUAGAGACACCAAUGUAUCCAUGACAACCAAACACAACAGUUGGCUGGCCAGUGGGCCUGGUGGAAGCCAUCUUAAGAACUGGGGUAAGUUCAGAAUCCCGAAGAGGAGCGAGAGGCCAAAGGAGGAGCCAUCAAACCCCAACCCCCCACAGCGCAGACCUCCUAACCCCAACCCCCCACAGCGCAGGCCACUGCACAGGGAGCAGUCAUACCCCAGGAGACGACUCCGUACAGAGAGCGAUGGGUACUCUUCUGCUAACUCUGAAACUCCGCCCAGUGGGCUGGACAUGAAGGCAUGUCUGAAGAGAUGCCACGCCCACCAGCUGAGGGGUGGGGCCUAUGGCUCUGACAUCAUCCACCAAGGGGUUCUAGCCUCCUGAUGACAUGCAACACUUGAAACAAACAGCACCAUGUUUAUAGAAAAUGAAGCUAGCCCAAGGUUGCUUUUUAUAAUCAAAUUUACAGAACUGAUAUUUAUUUUAUCAUUUGUAAGGUUGUAUAUAUUUUCAAUUGUUAUCAAUAAAAAGUUAAGAUUA